GCCACCCAAUAGACACCCAUCAAACCACGGAAAUUGUGGCGAAACUCGUGUCUCAGAAACACGUUAUGCACUUCAGAAGCCAAUUGAAAUCGACCCGAGUUUCUCAUUGAAUUCGGUCUUGGAGAAAGUCGAGCCACACAAAAGAUUCUCGCACUCAAUCAGUGUGAACAUUGGAAAGUUAAGGCAUGCCUCAUGAGUUCCAUUCUUACUAUCGAUUAGAAAAGUUGGUAGAAUAAUUUCUGUUCAUAGGAAAUUUCUCCGGCUCUUCCCAGAAAAAAAAAAACGCAAAGCAACGGAGGGGUCUUCCGUGACUCUCUGGCUCGUCCGUAAAUCCUUCAGAAUCUCAUAGGUUGGACACUUCUCUUGAACUCGAUCAGUAUACUUCAGCUCCUGAAGAUGGACAGGAGGGACUCAUUGGAUGGAAGAACGGUGUCAACGACUGAUAGAGGUGAUGUCGAGUCGUUGCUAGGGACAGAAUUCGAGGUGUUCUUGAAUUUUAGAGGGCCUGAUACUCGCCUGAAUUUUGCCGAUUGCCUCUAUCACUUCAUGGAUGGAGCUGGGAUUCGUGUUUUUAGAGACGAUGAAGAGAUCAGAAAAGGCGAAGCGAUUGAAGGCAGCCUGGAGCAUGCGAUCAAGAGUUCCGCAAUAUGUAUGCCUAUCUUUUCUAGAAAUUACACGUCCAGUGCAUGGUGUCUUCGCGAGCUUGCAUAUAUGGUGGAUUGCUUGAAAAACAAAGACGGCAAAAAGAUGAUCCUACCAGUUUUCUUUGACGUGAAUACUGACGAUGUCAAACUCAAAACCGGUUUGUACCAUGACGCUCUGCAGAAGCACGAGCAAAAGUUCGGCUGUGAUGUAGUGCAGCGAUGGAAAGAGGCUCUGAGGGAGGUUGGUCUUCUCAAAGGAUGGGAUCUGAAAAAUCGAGGCCAAGGUGAACUCAUUAGAUUAAUCGUUGCUGAAGUUUUGAUCAAGUUAAAUAGAAGAGACAAAAAUCUGCCAGAUCAAUUGGUAGGAAUGCAUGAUUAUGUUGAAGACGUUGUGCGCCUACUAGAUGAAGGUUCUCCUGAAGUACGUUAUAUUGUAAUCCACGGUAUGGGGGGAAUCGGUAAGACAACUCUUGCUAUGGUUGUCUUUAACCAAAUUUCUAGUCAAUUUCAUGGCUGUAGCUUUCUUUCAAAUGUUCAAGAAGCUUCAAAGGGUGGCAAAGUUGUUCAAUUGCAAAAACAACUAUUGUUAGAAAUUCUAAACUUCAAACCAGUGGAGAUUUCUGACUUUGACGCAGGGAUCAGCCAAAUUAAAAGGAGAUUCCGGGACAAAAAGGUCCUCAUUGUUCUUGAUGACCUAAAUAAGUGGGACCAGCUCACAAAAUUUGCAGAAAAGCGUGAUUGGUUUGGUCAAGGGAGCAGAAUUAUCAUUACAACGAGGGACACCAACUUUUUGCCGAUCAAAGAUGAGAACCAACAAAGUAGUGUCCCAAUGCAUUUUGAAGAGUUUAAAAUCUAUCAAAUGAGAGAAUUGCACUAUCGCCAUGCUCAUCAGCUUUUUAGUAAACAUGCUUUCAGAAUGGAUUCCCCUCCAUAUGACUAUGAUGAUAUUUCUUGCGAUAUCAUUCGCAAAGCUAGUGGACAUCCUUUGUCUCUUGAAGUCAUCGGUUCCUCUCUUUAUUGCAAAAGCAAACAACUUUGGAAAGAUACAUUGAAGAAAUUAAAUUUAGUUCCCACGCAGGAUGUCCUUGACAAAUUAAAGAUAAGUUUUGAAAUGCUAGAGGAUACACAGAAAGAAAUUUUUCUUGAUAUUGCAUGUUACUUCAUUGGUGAAGAAAGAAUCCAUCCACAUUAUGUGUGGAAAGCAUUGGAUUUUUUUCCAAGAAGUGAUAUCAUUGUUCUUACCCGUAUGUCUUUGAUAAAGAUUGUUGAUGAUAGAUUAUUGAUGCAUGACCUUCUCAGAGAUCUUGGAAGAGAAAUUGUUCGACAAGAAAACCUCAAUGUUCCUGAGAAACGUAGUAGGCUAUGGUGUCCCAAAGUUGCAUUGAACGUAAUGCAGACUAGAAAGGGAACAAAGAACAUCGUAGCACUCAAACUAACUAGACUUUCCAAAGAGCGUGACUUUACAAGUGAUGAGUUUGCAAGUUUUCCUAGCUUAAGGUUCUUGGAAUUAGAGGGGGGAAACUUGGCUGGAGACUUUAAGAAUCUUCUCUCAAGUCUAAGAUGGCUCUCUUGGCAUCGUUGCCCUUCAGAGUUGCAGGCGGUCAAUCUAUGUUUAUGGAACUUAAUCGUGCUUAAGCUUUCAGAUAGUGACAUUUCAGGGAAUUGGAAUGGCUGGGGCCAUGCUUGGCAAAUCGUGACUUGAAAGUUAUACAUCUUAUGAAAUGCCAACUCUCGACAACUCCUGACUUCUCAACAUGCUUGAAUUUGAAGAUACUGGUUCUUGAUGGACAUUGUCCAAAUUCGCUACAAAUUAGCAGCUCUAUCCAUAAGCUAGAACGCCUAAAGCGUUUGGAAUUAAUUGCAGCCCAACUUCAGCCAUCAAGACUGUCAACAGGCCUCCAUUUUGACUUGUUCGCUGUGCCUUCUGCAAUGUGUGGUCUGAAAUACCUAUCAAGUCUAAAGCUAGAGGGGCAGUGCAUGCGAGAGCUUCAUCCAUCUAUUGGAGAGAUGGCGGGCUUGACAUGCUUGUCUUUAAGUGGUUGUCAUCGGCUUAGAAAGCUUCCGGAAUCUAUUGGGAAAUUGAGGUCAUUGCUCCAGUUGAAUUUACUCUACACAAGAAUCAAAAAAUUACCUAAUACUAUUGGAGAUCUAAAAAGGUUGGAGGAAAUAAAUCUGAGAUUUUCUCAGAUAAGGGAGCUACCAAGCUCCAUUGGCCAACUAAAAGCAUUGCUCAACUUAAACUUGCAGCAUACAAAGAUUACAAAAUUGCCCACUUCUAUUGGAUAUCUUAAAAGGCUUGAAUGCUUAUUUAUGGCUGGGAGUAAGAUAAGAGAGUUAUCGAAGGGCAUAGGGAUGCUGGAGAAUCUUAAAGUAUUGGAUUUCCACAAUUGUAAAAAUCUCGACGGGGAGAUCCCGAGCAAGAUUGGGCGAGCAUCCUCUUUGGAGGUGUUAGACGUUGCUGGUAGGAAGGUGAGCAAAGUGCCAACCACCAUCAAUCAGUUCUAUAAUCUUAAAGAACUUCAUUUCGGAGAUUGUCAUAAGCUUGAAAGGUUGCCAGAACUUCCAGCAAGCCUAAAAGUUCUCUGUUUUGGAGCGGGGACUGUGCUCGGCACCCCAAGACAAACUCCAUCCAAGUGGAGGGAGAAGUCAGCAAAAAUGAAGGAUUGGAGUAUCACAUGGCCUCCUCAGCUUUGGGCACUUGACAUAUAUUGCGAUGAUCCCCGAUCUCUCACUGGGCUUCCUUCUAGUCUCUCUCUUUUGGAAUUGAGAGAUGUCCAGUCACCGAUAAAACAGCCACUCUUUUCCAAUUUGAAAUAUUUGAAACAUUUGUCCAAGUUAACGCUCUUCAGAUGUUGGUCGAAAGAGAUCGAGUUUGAUCGGCUGGAGAAUCUCCUUCGUUUGAAUGUGACUGAAUCUGAACCUCUAAUGAUGCUAUCAGGUCUAUCAAACUUAGGGAAGCUCAAAGAGUUGACAGUGAGGAGUUGCUCGCAGCUAAUCGAGAUUCGAGAUUUGGGAGAAGUGCAAUCGUUAAAAGAAUUAUUAAUUAGGAAAUGCAGCUCCAUAAAAUGGUUACCUGAUCUGUCGAAACUACAUAGGUUGCAGACAUUGCUCCUCUUUAAUUGUGAAUCAUUGCAAGGUUUACCUGAUGUACCAACUACAUGUCAUCCCUAUUUUCAUGGAUGCCCAAUGUUAGGCGAGUCUGGUGACGCCGGACACGAAUUACUUGCAAGGUUUGCUCAGUCGAUCAAGCUCAAAGAAUGGAAGGAAUUUGAACAAUUGGAAGGAUCAUCAUCAGUUUCAGCAGCGCGGCUCCGUCGAGUAGGUCUAUUGAUCAAUCAGAACCUUGAUCAAUCAGAACCGUAAGGGGUAGUCAAAGGUUGCGUGAGAGCGUGCACCUUCCUCUCUCUAUGAAUAUAUUACAGCUUAAUCUAAUGUAGCAUUCUUCUCAGAAAGUUGGUUUUAUUAUUAUUGUAUAUUGUAUCUUUUUUAUGGCGCAAUAUAUACGGUCCAGCAAGUGAGUUUGAUUAA